UCCAUUCUACAUUCACACGAUUUUCUCAGACUUUCAGGCAGUUAGCACACACACACACACCCCUUCACGUACACGUAGUUUAUAAACAAAAUGGAACACAAAGUUGAGUUGUUCGAACCCCCAGUGGCAUUCAAGUUGGAGCGCAGAUCGGAAAACAGAGCAACCAAAGUGGAGGAGGAGGAGCCGCACCUGACGAAGCAGCUCAAGAAGCACUACGGGAUUGAGGCAGAAGUUCUGGCGCUCCUUGUGAACUUAGAGUUGCGCUAUAAGGAAUACUACAAUCUAUACCAUUGCGAAAUGAAGGCACAGAAGAUACUGAUUGAACGGAUAUGGCUGCUAACACAGCGAUACCUGAUCCUAAUCAGUUCGGAGCAGAGCUGUCGGUAUCCCGAGGUCUACACCUUGUCCACCGAGGAGGCCAUCAUCAACGAGUACGAGGAAAAGCUGGAGGCUGUGCGAGCUUCAAACAACAAAAUGAAACACUCGCUGUUGGAAAUCAAUCAGCAGUGCAAGGAGUUCUAUGCCGCCUACGAACGUCUGGACAAGACCCAGGAAACGCCGUUCAUCAUGGGUGAUAGCCAUCAUAGAAGCAUCAGGUACCACAAGAUCAUGGCCGUCGACAUAUUCAACUACUUGUACGCGACGGUGCUGAAGCUCAAGUGCUUCAUGCAUCAGCUGGAUCCCGUGAAUCUGGAGAGUGUCGAGGAGUACCGCGACCUGCUCCAAAACGAAUCCUUGAUGGAGGAGUUCGAGGAGUAUCUAAAUGAUCACUUUGUGUACUGCAAGUGCAUGUACCCCAUCCCAACCUGCCCCAUCUUGAAGCUAAAGUGUUCGCACCAAAACAUCACAAAUUUAAAGUAUGUCAGUCGCAUCUAAUCGAGAAUAAAACGUGUAACAAACAGAAGCCCUAUAAAA